CAAUAUUCGUCCUUAUAUUAGCAGUGCUCCCGGCGGGGCGGCAUUGUUCCCGGCAGGGGGCGCCCCCCGCGACCGCCACGUUGCCCAGCCCCCACUCUCCACUCCACGUAAAACGGUGUCUUUGGUUGGAUGAUAACUUCAGUAAAAGAAAUUUUGACGACUCCAGUACGAGAUCAUAUACGAUGUGCAUUUGUAAGAGAAUGCUAGAUGGAUUAGAUAGAAAAAAUUCAAGCUCAAGUUCGACCAUUAAAGUCACCCAAGUUGUUGGCGCAACUCAAAAUAUGAGUCUUAUCACACAGAAGUCCAAGCGGAAAGGAAUCGCUUUGAAAAACAUUCCAAUAGAAAAGUCGUUCCAGUUAAACGGAGGGUCGUACGACUGCUUUCUGUUCCGAGCCGAUGCUUCCGAUUGUGCCGCUCAAAGUGACAAAGUUAUGUGGUGCUCAUUAGUGAAGAAAGCUGCCGGCUUUAGGUCGCUGAAGCGAAAACGCUUAAAGCGGUCUUCGGAUUCGCGGCCCGAAUUAGUUUACACCUUUAUAGAGCAGGCUGUUCAACCUGGAGCUCAGGUUGCGUUGAAAUGUUCAGCUGUUGGUGAACCUCCGCCUAGGUUUAGAUGGACUCUAGAUGGGCAACUCAUACCACCUCAUCAUGGCGCUGCGAUCACGGAAGGUCAUGAGAAUGGUCCGACUGGGAUAGGAUCAAGCAACAAUUAUAUCCUCUCCACAUUAUCGCUCAGCAGCGCGAGGGUUGAGCACGGCGGUCGGUAUGAGUGUAGAGCUACCAACACUCACGGCUCCGUGGCACAUGCAGCAAGACUCAAUGUUUAUGGGCCUCCGUAUAUACGCGCCAUGAAUCCCGUUAAGGCUGUUGCGGGUUCAGAUAUAACUAUUUGGUGCCCGUAUUAUGGAUUCCCCAUAGACUCAGUUAAAUGGGAAGGUGGUGCCGGCGCAGACCCUAGAUACCAUCAGGUGGACGGUCAGCUGACCAUCACAAAUGUCGACCGGAAUCGAGACAAAGGCGGCUGGAUUUGUUCAGUAUUGACACCCGGUGGGGAGUUAGCCAGGCGGGAGGUACAAGUGUCAGUGGUAUCACCGCCGGUGCUGUCUCCUAUCGUGUUCCCACCUGGUCUGAGAUCGGGCGACCGCUCGCAGCUGACCUGCACCGUCACCUCGGGUGAUAUGCCCGUUUAUUUUUCUUGGCUCAAGGAUCAAAUGCCAAUUUCCAGCGUGUUGCAGGUCGAUGAGCGUGGCGCUGAAUUUUACAGUAUGCUUUUAUUCAAAAGUUUGACAGCCGCUCAUAGCGGUAUGUACACGUGUGUUGUAACCAACACCGCCGGCAAAGCAAACACUUCCGCUGAAUUGGCUAUUAAAGUACCUCCGUAUUGGCAAAUGGAACCAUCUGAUGCCGCAGUCUUACUUAAUGGAUCUCUUACUAUCAGCUGUGAGGCUAGAGGACAUCCCUCUCCUAUCAUAUAUUGGACUAAAUUUUCUGGUAGUACAGAAACAACGCUGGGUGGAGUAUCCGAUCCGGUUGUCCUUAAUAAUGGUUCAUUAAGAUUAGAAUCUGCGAGAGCCGAACAUUCUGGAAAAUAUCGCUGUAGAGCGGAUAAUGGAGUUGCUCCGCCGUUGUCAAAAACCCUUACUAUACAUGUAAACGAACCAGCAAGAUUUGAAACUCCGUCGGUGAAUGUGACAGCUAAACUCGGAGACACAGUGAGGCUGGCGUGCGUGGCGCGCGGAGACAACCCACUCUCUAUGACUUGGAGUACUUCAGGACGAGCAUUACCUAACUCUGAUUACCGGAUGAGUAUCUCAGAGACUCGCAGUGCUGAAGGCUUGAGAAGUGAGUUGGUAUUAGAGAGAGCUGAUAGACGAGAUUCUGGUGUUUACCGAUGUCAAGCAUCAAAUCCGUAUGGCCGGUCCGACCAUUUCGUACAUCUUGGUGUUCAAGAGCCUCCAGAACCUCCAGCAAAUUUCCGUGUAUUAGAAACAACGUCCCGUUCCGUUCGGCUACAAUGGCGAAGACCGUACGACGGCAACUCGCCCGUACUGGGCUAUGUCGUACAAUACAGGAAGCACGAUUCCACCAGCCCGGACUCUUGGAGAGACGCCGAUACACACAACGUGUCUGUUUCCGCUCAUUCUGUUGAUACUUAUACCGAGGUAGAGGGCGCUACUAUAUCAGGACUGGAACCUGCCACAGCGUACCUAGUGCGAGCGAGGACUGUAACAGCGCAGUUCGCUUCGAGCCACACGAGGGCGCUGCUCGCGUUAACACUACACGAGCCGCCUGCGCGUGCGCCCAUCAGUCUCCGUGCUUCUGCGCCUAGACCUGCCACUGUCGAACUGGCAUGGCAGGCUCCUCCAACAUCAGCGUGGAACGGAGAACUCCUAGGCUACACGGUGUGGUGGUGGCCGUCAGCUGAUGGCUCCAUGUCCAGCGGCGCUAAUGUUGGAAUGGAGUUCGCGACUGUCCGUGGUCAAAUCAAUAAAUACACUAUUGAAGGUUUAGAACACUACACGAGAUACUCCAUAAGCGUCAGAGCAUUUAACAGUGCGGGCGCGGGGCCGGCCACUGCUCCUGUUAACACUCUCACACAAGAGAGUGUGCCUACGGAGGGUCCACGUGCAGUGCGAUGUCGCGCAGUAUCGCCUCAAAGUCUGAAAGUGGAAUGGUCCCCGCCGCCGGCGCACGCGCAUCACGGCGCACUGCUGGGAUACAAGUUACUGUAUCGCCCUGAACAUAUUGUUUGUCGGCAGCGGCAGAUUGGCUGGAAUGGGAGGUGCGCGGCGGCGGUGGUCCAAGUGCAGUGGCGGGGGCGGAAGUGAAGAGAGUAGCGGGCGUUGAAACGUUACUACUUGCACUGCGACCGCAUAUGAAUUACACGAUACAGGCGUUAGCGUAUACUGCAGCGGGUGACGGUGUCCCCGCUCAUCCUAUACAUUGUACUACUCACC